GUUUUAUUCUAGCCAACGCGAGGGUAGUGGACUACCCUAUAGUCUUUAGCAACGAUGGGUUUUGUAAAAUGACGGGUUUCAACCGAGCAGACUGUAUGCAGAGGAGUAGCACCAUCAAUUUCAUGUAUGGAGAAUUGACCAAUCAAGAUGGCGUCAAAACCGCCCAGGAGGCCUUCGAAAAACAAGAAGCAGUUCAAGUGGAGUUACUCAUCUACAAGAAGAGCAGGACGCCGAUGUGGACCUUAGUACAGAUCGCGCCAGUCAAAGAUGACAGGGAACAAGUGGUCUUAUUCCUCUGUGUGUUCAAAGACAUCACGGCACUCAAGCAUCCGAUUGAAGACAAUGCCGCUAAGGGUGUGGGUCGGUUUGCAAAGCUUGCACGGACAGUUACCCGGAGUCGAUCCGUGUUAGUACAGGUCGCUCAACAUCUACCAAAUAUGAAGCAAGAGCAAACAAAGCAGGCACAGAUUUCACAAAUUUCACAUAUGAUGACCCUUGAUGCUGAGGUCCUACCGCAGUACAAGCGAGAAGCCCCCAAGACACCACCACAUAUCAUCCUUCACUACUGCACAUUUAAGACUAUAUGGGACUGGGUGAUUCUCGUACUGACUUUCUACACAGCAGUUGCAGUGCCUUUCAAUGUGACCUUCAACUAUUCUACUAACAAUGAAUACAUCACUCUUGUAGUCAUCGACGGUAUCGUCGAUAUCGUCUUCUUCAUCGAUGUCAUCCUCAACUUCCACACGACAUUCGUUGGUCCUGCAGGCGAGGUCGUGUCAGAGCCCAAAAUCAUACGCAUGAAUUAUCUCAAAUCUUGGUUUAUUAUCGAUCUCCUAUCGUGCCUCCCUUAUGACGUCAUCAAUGCAUUUCAAAAUUCUAGUAAUAACAAAAUCAGUGGGAUAUUUAGCGCCCUGAAGGUAGCUCGUCUGUUACGGUUGGGACGUGUGGUACGCAAACUCGACCAUUACAUCGAGUACGGGCUCGCCUUCCUCAUCCUGCUCAUGUUAAGUUUCGUCUUGGUCGCCCACUGGUUCGCCUGCAUAUGGUACACGAUCGGGAGGGAAGCCCUAGGACACAACGACACCAAUUCGUGGCUUUGGAAGUUUGGCAACGACAUGCAUAUGCCGUAUAAGAUCUUAGAUAACGGGACAGUGAUCAACGGGCCGGACGUAGGGAUGGAGUAUGUGUCGGCGAUGUACUACACGAUGAGCAGUCUGACCAGCGUCGGGUUUGGGAAUGUGUCGGCGUAUACGACCUACGAACGACUCUUUACCAUCGGAAUGAUGAUCAUUGGAUCUCUGCUCUACGCCUGUAUCUUCGGUAACGUGACCACCAUCUACCAACAAUUCACCCAAAACACAGCCCGGUAUCAUGACAUGCUACAGAACGUCAAAGAGUUCAUGAAGCUGCAUGGAGUCAGCAAACCACUCACCGAACGCGUGCUCGAUUACGUCAUCUCGACAUGGUCGAUGUCAAAGGGCAUUGACACAGAAAAGGUUUUAAGCUAUUGUCCCAAGGACAUGAAAGCAGACGUCUGCGUUCAUCUCAACCGGCGCGUCUUCAACGAGCACCCGUCCUUUCGAUUGGCCAGCGAAGGUUGUUUGAGGGCCCUGGCCAUCAGCUUUCAAAUGAGCCACAGUGCCCCGGGUGAUCUGCUAGUACACAGUGGUGAAAGUAUUGACUCACUGUGUUUCGUGGUCGCUGGCUCACUGGAGGUCGUACAAGAUGACGAGGUGGUUGCUAUCCUAAGUAAAGGUGAUGUAAUCGGAGAUUCAUUCUGGAAAGAGCUAAACCUUGGACAGUCAGCUGCUAAUGUCAGGUCAUUGACGUACUGUGAUCUUCAUAGCAUCACGAGGGAUGAUCUUCUAGAUGUCCUUGAUUUCUACACGCAAUUUGCCACUUCGUUCGCUCGCAACAUGGUGCUUACCUACAACCUCAGACGCAGGCUCAUUUUCCGGAAAGUAGCUGAUGUCAAAAGGGAACAGGAAGAGGCAGAGAAACGGAAGAACGAGCCUCCAAUACCAGCUGAUCAUCCUGUCAGGAAGAUGCUCAAUAAGUUUCGGAAACUCAGUGACGUACCUGAUAAAAAGCCUCCAGCAUCGGCAAUAAGGAAACCGAGAGGGGAUACAAAGGACAUUGAAAAGGGAGACUCACAUGCUUUGAGCAGAGUUCCUGAGCACCAAACGCCACCGCCUUUAGCAGCGAUUGGGAGGGUUAAAUCUGUAAAAAUGCCAGACGCACCGGUAAAAAGACAAGACAGUACUAAAGAAGUGCCCGAAACCAAAUGGGGACCGUUAAAGAAGAUACCUCUUCGAAAAGCAGAGAGUACGGACAGUGGGAUCCUCCGCAGUGAACAAAGGCUCGAUGAGAUUGGUAGGAGUGAUAGCAAGGAAGGCAGUAGUUCAGUAAGUGCUGCCAGCUCGGAUAAUCAUCUCUUAUCCAGUCUCAUGGAGAUUAAACUUGAACUGAAGGAGGAGAUCGAGAACCUGGGGAUGAAGAUGAAUCGCUUAGACGAUCAGAUUGCUGACAUCAUCAAAAUCUUCUCACCAGACGUAUCACAGUACUCGUCCAGUAUGGCCAGCUCAAGUAGUUCCCAAAUGGGAUCUUGUAACGAAGUGCCCUUGAGUUCACCACAGAAAUCUCCUAUGGUUGUCCAGGUUAGGGAACAUGGUGAGGCGUCAUCGGACAGUAGCGGUUUGGGUGAGCAAGGAAGCCUUAGUGUGACAUCAACAGGUUCGGCAACAUCAAGGCAAACCAUAUCUAGCAAUGGAGGUCGAAGUCCGACAGCGAUAACCGGGCGUCGGGGACCUCCACCUGUAGAGAACACGUUGAACCUCGUUGAACACGAUACCCAAGCCGAUUCAGGUUCCUCAUCUGAGAUUGAGUCCCCGCCAAGUCCAGGACCAAGGGGCAAUCCAGAAUUUUGAUCUUUCAAACUCUUUGAAAGCACAAAAGAUUAAGGACUUUUUUUAAAUAAAAGGCCAACGGAAACUACAAAAAUAUAUCUUGAAAAAUCCACCCCUUAAUCUUCGAAUUAUCUUGGAUACUUUGGGUAGUGGCAUCAAUAACGGGAAGACUUCACAAUGCACCCUGUCGUAAAGUACAUAUUGACCAAUACUUUGAAAGAACAAAGAUAUCAGUGAGAACAAAAUGUAGUUCAACCAAGUCGUCGCACCCUCACACUGUGGUGCGUAAUUGCCACAGUGUGUCAAAUUAUAAAUUCACCGCCACAGCAGUGUGAAUACAGUCUUUUCACACUGUCAACGCUACAUAAAUAUUACAGAUCAUGUCUAUAGUCCUACUGUGGUGCGUACUCACUUUGAUUUUCUAUGUGACCACAGUGUAAUACAGCAUCCAUACUGUAACAAAACAGAGUGAACAAAACCUGUUCACAUUGUCAACUGGAAUGUCACACUGUGAUGCAGAUACAAUGUGAUUCUCGCUGUGAUCCCAAUAUACUGUGAAAACACUGUGAACACAGUCUGCCCACACGGACAUCAAUGUGGAAAUGUACUGAAUUCUCCUCUGUUGUCACACCGUGAUGUGUACACACUAAGUUUCGUCUGUGGCUGCAGUGUGUGUCGUUGCAUCAUUAUACAGUGGAAACAGUGAGAACAGAGAAAGUGCUCACUGUCCAUAAUAUGAAAGUGUUCCAAAUCUGCUAAGUUAUCACACAAAGAAUGACACUUAUGUUCUUUACAGAAGGGCAACCAUCAUAAUUAUGAGUCAACAAAAUUCUCAACUUCUUUUGCUGAAUAUAUAUCAAGGGUAAAUCUUAGUUGUUGUAUGUUGAUGUGAUAUGUUACUACCCGGAAGGGUAACAACUACCCACAUUUUCUACAUAUUCUUAAUCAUAUCAAUUUAUCAUUGCAUUUACAAGACUUUUUUAUGCUAAUGCCAAAUUCUCCUGUAAUCAUCUUUUUUGUUUUACUUAAUUCAGAAUUAGUUCUUCUUGUUUUUUGGACAGAUCAACACAUUAAAAACGUGUUCUAAAACUCCCUACCAACUGUUUUUGCAGUAUCCUAAGCUGAUUAUGUUAUUUACAGAGACCAAUCCGUAAAUUUACAAAAGUCAGUUUUGCUUUAAAAGUGCAGGUUUAAAAAACAUAAUGAUGUACUGCAAAGACAAAUAUAUAUUAAGUUGUUAGCAUUUAAAGAUGAGCGGGAUACGGAUGUCAUAGAACUCUAGCCCUCUGUGCCCAUAUUCAUAAAACCAUACUAAGCCUAGCUGUCAACUAUGAACUGCAGCCUAUGUAAUUAGUUUACAAUCAGCUUAAUAAGAUUUUAUGAACAUGGGCGCUUGCUUCUAGCAUCAAAUAUUACGGUGUUUUUUUAACGCAAUUCCAAAAAUUCUACCACUCAAUACAUCCGAUCUUUAAACGAAUAAUAUAAAAUCCAAAUCUAAAGUUGUUCCAAUUAAAAUCCUAUCAGCAAUUCUUCGUUUUAACAGAACAAAUCAAUGGCGUGCUGCAGAUACAAAUCAACAACAACACUACACAAAUAAAGAUGAACUAUAACCUCGUGAUUACUUCAUCAAACAAAAUCUACGUAUUGACCUCUUUGUUCAAAUUUAUUUUUCUAUUUUUAGAAAAAGCGUGUACAUAGGUAGAUAUUAAAAUGAUGAAAAUAUUGUAGUAUGCUAAUAUGUUCACUCAUUUUUCUUUGUUAAUGAAGCAUACAUUUCGAACAAGGAUUGGAGAGAUAUUAUGGUUUAUACUUUUAUAUUGAAGGUUAAUUUGUUGCACCAAAUUAGGGGUCAUCUUAUCGGAUAACGAUUUAAUCAAUUUAUACCUCAGCCACACGGCCAAAAUAGUCCGACUCGUCACGAAACUGACCGAUUUCCGAUGGCCACUGGGGGUAAUGCAUUGUUUUGUAUCGGUCUUUUGUCGGUCUUGUUUCGGUCUGACUGGUCUAUAAACAACUCAUAUUAUGAUUUGAACAAAGAUACGUAAAGGAUAUAUAUCGACAAAGUCGAGGUCUGAAAGGGGGUACAGGGCUUAAAGCUAAACUCUUAUUUAUUUCACGAAACUGAAAAGUGCUGUUGGUUCUAGGGCUAUUAGAUGAAGGAUAUAGGCGACAAUCUUUCAUGAAAGAAAUGAAGGAAUACAGUAAAAUGUUUAUUAUUUGAUGAAAGCAGAUAAUGAUGAAAUCAUAUAUUCCAGGUUUAGACUGCAUAGAUGUUUUUCUAGAUAAGGAAACUAUCGAUCUUUCAUCUCGUAAUUUAUGCACAUAGAGCAAGUAAGAAACAAUCAAGUGUCAAAACAAAUGGAAGUAUUCCAUUUGAUUACGAUAUUGUUGUAUGAUGUAAUCACUUAUACAUGUUGUACAUACACAUUGCGUUUGCACGUAUUCAGUUUAUGAAAAACAAUAUUUUAUACGUAUCGGAAUUCCCGCUAUUGACUCUUUGAGAAAUCUAAAUUACCGAUGCACAAAAUCAUCCUGUUUCUCUUAUCAUUACUCUCUUUGAUUUCAUGCGAGAUUGAUAAUUAUGAUUACUUUCAGGUUUUUGAACUCUUCUACAUCAAGCUUUACAAAGCAUCGUCCGUCGAAGCUGAAGAUGGUCAUGUAAAUAUACAGUAUAUAGUGCUUUUAUGUCGAUAUGGGCAACGAAAACGAGGAUUAUCUACGUUCAUGAAUUUAUGUCGUAUUCAGAUUAUGUCAUAACUUGCGCAAUAUUUAGAGUUUAUAUCAAUGUAAAUAGAAAUAUAGCCUUACAGAUAAUACAAACUUUUCAUUCUUAUAUCAUCGUGAUCUAUAUAUUUCUUAGAAAAAUAUAUAUUUGUCGUCCUCGAGCGUUGCAUUUCUCACGAGAUCUUCAUAUUCGGAUUACUUCAAUUAUUUAAUGAAAUUACUGUGGGUGUGUGUUGAUUUUUUUUUAAACUACCGAGACAACGUUGUGCCCCUCCCAAUAUCAUGACUUAAUUUCUUUCCAUCCAAAAUGAAACUUCCUGUGUUUAUGAUAAAACAUAACAUUUCAAAUUUUGAUGGUUUAAAUAUGGUUGGGGUUAUUCUUUUUAUUCAGAAUUGACAAAUCAUAAUACCGAGUCUCUUACACUAAUACCUUUUUUGGUGGGGGGGGGGGGGUGGUUUGAUCACAAUAUAAUGGAAGUCGCUGAAUAUAAUCAUAAA